GGAAGUGAUGGUGGAGAGCUCAGACUUUGGACCCACUUUACUCGCUCUUCUACUUCGCCACCGGCUGCAGUGCCUCGGUUUGUCUGUCUUCUCUCAUGGAAAACAUGAAGGUUAAGUUUGCCCCCUUGGACAUGCCCUUGCACAGGAGACUGCAGACAGCUGCGGUGCUGCAGUGGGUCUUCUCCUUCCUUGGCCUGGCACCCACCUGCAUCUUCCUCUUCUUCUACCUGCUGUUCACUCGCUUCUGGCUGAUCAGUGUGCUGUACGCUGUCUGGUGGUUCUUUGACUAUGACACUCCUGCACGUGGAGGCCGCAGGGUGUCCUUUUUGUGUGGCCUCAGAAUUUGGGAAUACAUGCGGGAUUACUUUCCCAUCAAGUUGGUGAAGACAGCUGACUUGGACCCCAGGCAUAACUAUGUAAUGGGCUUCCAUCCCCAUGGCGUGCUGGUGGCUGGAGCCUUUGCCAACUUCUGCACCUAUGCUACAGGCUUCAAACAACUGUUUCCUGGCCUCACCAGCUACCUGCUCAUGUUGCCCCUUUGGUUCAGAGUCCCAUUCUUCAGGGACUACAUCAUGUGUGCAGGUCUGAUUCCUUCUGACAAAGAGAGCGCCAGAUAUCAGCUCUGCCAAAGGGGUGGUGGUAACGCUGUUGUAAUAGCAGUCGGUGGGGCCCCAGAGGCCCUUGAUGCCCACCCUGGGAGCUACAAUGUACUCUUGGCCAAGAAGAAAGGUUUCAUCAAAAUGGCCAUGGAGCAUGGCGCUCAUCUGGUGCCAGUCUUCUCCUUUGGAGAGAAUGAAGUGUUUGAUCAAGUGGAAAACCCAAGAGGAACCUGGCUUCGAUGGAUACAGGAACGGCUGCAAAGCAUCAUGGGUAUCUCCCUGCCUCUCUUCCAUGCACGUGGCAUUUUCCAGUACUCCUUUGGUCUCGUGCCCUACAGAAAACCCAUCAAUACAGUAGUUGGACGGCCAAUUAGGGUGGAGAGGAAUGAGAAGCCAACAGCUGAGGAACUUGAUGACCUUCAUCAGCUGUACAUGGAUGAACUCAGCAAUCUGUUUGAGGAGCACAAAGGCAACUAUGGAGUCGACAAGGACACACACCUGAACAUUGUCUAAAGUGGACUGAUGAUGGAGUGGAUUUAAAUGCCUAUUUAUUUGUAAAGCUCUGGUGCUGCAGACUCAGAUAAUUGUACCUUUUGAUUGGCUCUGUAAGCCUGAUUUUGCUCUUAACUGGCCUUUUAAUUAAAGAUGACUAAACUGUUAUUGGUUCUGCAACAAUACAUACUGUUGUAUCUGUUUAUAUAAGGUAGAACGACUGUAUGAGAGAACACCAACCAGAAUGGAAAUACUUAUGUAUCCAUUUACUGAAACCGGGCUGUUCAUUCAGACUGCUGUCACUUUUCAGGGCUGUGUAGGAAAUUGUUCAGAGGGAACAUGAAUGACACAAGUCAAGUUUUCCUCACUUAAUCUCCCAGUUGUGGUAUCUGUCUGGGGUUUUGGAUUUUGUGCAAGACCUGACACAUUCUCAAACAGAGUCAUAGGUUGAAUUUAGGUUGCAAAAUCAUUUGGAAAGACUGUCAUAAAACACCAUUAAUUUCAGGAUUCUGUUUCUUUCCAAAUGCAAUAAACAGGGAAAAUAAAUAUCUUAUAUACAACA